AUGGAAGAUGACCGUUACCCUACGUUGAAUCAUGAUGGGGUUAUUCCACCACCACCACAUGAUGGACUAGCUCUUAAUAGAGCAAACGAAAGGGUUGUCCCCCAUCUGGAAAGACGUACCUUGGGAGAGUUCUUCUUACCCAACGUAGACAACGCCAACUACGGAUGUUAUGCACCUCCAAUCCUUGCUAACAACUUUGAAAUCAAGCCGGGAACGAUUCAAUUACUCGAAAGUCGUUGCCAAUUUAAUGGGUUGGAACGCGAGGAUCCAAACGCCCAUCUUUCAAAAUUUACGGAGCAAUUGGCACAAGCUUUUCUCAAUAAGUAUUUCUCUAUGGGAAAAACGGCGAGGAUGACCAAGGAAAUUAUAGAUUUUCUCCAAUUACAUGGCGAAUCUCUAUACCAAGUUUGGGAACGCUUCAAAGAGCUUCAAAGAAAUUGUCCGCAUCAUCAUCUAGGAAGGGAGCAUCUUGUCUCUAUUUUCUACAAUGGUACCAAUGAGAGUACGCGGGCAACUAUUGAUGCGGCAUCGGGAGGAUCACUUAUGAAGAAAACUUAUGAUGAGGCCAACAACUUGCUAGAGGAACUCGUUACAAAUAGUUGUUCUUGGUCAACCGAGCGGUUGAGGCAACCAUCUCAAAAGGGUAUAAUGACCCUCAAGCAAACCCAAGAAUUUAAAGCAAUGAAAGCAAAGAAUGCGACACUUCUAGCACAACUCGAGAUGUACAAACAACAAGCUAAUCAAAGGAAUGCUCAACUUGCGGUAGUUCAAAUGGGUUGCGAAACUUGCGAUGGGCACAAUCAUUCGGGAAUGGAUUGCCCCGUUCUACAUCAAAACUCAAAUGAGGACAAUUCGGGUCAAGCCCAUGCCAACCCAAACAUGGGAGGAGCAAAUUUUCAAGGAGGAAACCGUGGUCCACCAAACCAAGGCAACUUCAACAACUACCGACCACAACACCCGCCCGGUUGUCAACAAAAUCGAAAUGCGGAUGAAGGGAGAAAAAUUGACAAGCUUAUUGAGGAAGUUAGAGCCGGUUUCAAAAACCAAGCUUCCGUUAAUCACCAUCUCGAGACACAAAUUUCUCAACUUGCCAUCUCGCUUCAAAAUAGAGUUCAAGGCGGUCUACCUUCUACAACGGAAUCAAAUCCGAGGGAGCAAGUAAAAGCCAUUGAACUUCGAAGCGGGAAAGAACUUGACUAUCCACAUGCAAGCAAAGAGAAAGCGGUUGAUCUAACAACUGAUAUGAAUGAGGAGGAAGUAACUGAACUUCCAUAUGUCAAACCGCCACCUCCUCCUCCAUUCGUGCCAAAGGUCCCCUUUCCGGGACGAUUGAAAAAGACGCCGGACAACCAAAAAUUCUAUAAAUUUCUGGAAAUCUUCAAGAAACUCAAAAUCAACAUAUGCUUUGCGGAUGCUUUGCGUGAGAUGCCUCAAUAUGCAAAAUUUCUCAAAGAAAUCAUAACGAAGAAACAGAGUUGGGACGACAAAGGCACAAUUUCUCUAACGGAAAAUUCAAACAUCGAUGAUGCUUCAAUUGGCGGACCAUUAACUCAAAAGCCAUACGGAGUGGUAGAAGAUGUUCUAGUAAAAGUAGACAAAUUCAUCUUUCCGGUGGAUUUUGUCGUACUUGACUAUGCGGCGGAUAAAACAUGCCCUAUGAUUCUUGGGCGUCCCUUCAUGAACACGGGGAAGGCAUUGAUAGAUGUGCACGCCGGACGACUCACUUUGCGUAUCGAUGAUGACAAAGUGGAGUUUGAUAUGAAAAGGAUCAUGCGUAACACUUUUGAGGAGGAAGAAUGCAUGAGAUUGGAUAUGAUUGAUGGAAUCGUGGAAGAACUUUUCCCGGUUUCAAAAGUCACAUUCCAUUCCGAUGAGACACAUGAGACCACCGGAGAUGAAUAUUCCAAGGAAGAUGAGCCGAAAGCUGAAAAUUUGAUUAGAAGAGAAAGCGUUACACCACCUUCUUCUAUCACUCCACCAAAAGUUGAGCGUAAAACGCUACCUUCUCACCUACGGUAUGCGUUUCUAGGCGACAACAUGAUACUUCCCAUCAUCAUCUCAAUCAACUUGUCGGAAACACAAGAAGCGAGAGUUGUCAAAGUGGUCAAGCAACAUAUAUUGGAAAUUAAUUGGCAAAUUUCGGACAUUCGAGGAAUUAGUCCAUCGGUGGUCAUGCACAAGAUCCAUCUAGAGAGGGAGUCAAGAGCAUCGGCUUAA